AUGUCUGGACUCCGGAGUGAAUUUGUUGUCUUCAUCAGUCUUGCAGUCCGCGAGCCUGCAGCACUGCAGCAGCGCCUCACUCUUUCUUGGCUCCUGCCUGUCCGCCAAGAUCUUCAAACACCUUACUUUGAUCUCGCCAAGUCCAACAUCCCAAAUCUUAUCAUCCCCUUUUUUUUGGUGGUUUUCCCUUUUUGCGCUUCAUCCGCUGCUUGGGUUUUCUUUUUGCUUGCCGCUGCCACUGCCUCACAUACACACCAUCUGGCAUCCACCCUGCGUCUUUCUCUUGGCCAUCCAUCACCCCGGCCCUUUCGCCCACCUGACCCCGAAAACCACCACACACACAACCAUCUCUCCCUCUCUCCUCCAAUCCAAAGCAGCCAGGACGACGCGGCCAGAGUACGGAUACGCAUUGACGAGCAAUUCUACCACAAACGACUACCAAGAGAAUCGCCGCGACCAAACGCCCGCGACUCUCUCCUGGCCAGACGGAUAUCCAUAAUCCCACGCACCCAGUCAACAACCCACCCACUCUUACCGCAUACUGAGCUGCAUGCUGCGUACUGCGCGCGCGCCCACUUACGGAUAUCCUCUUCUCCUCUUCGCCCUGUCUCCCUUUCUCUAGGAGGGUCUCUCAAUCAUCCAUCAGUCCAUCAAUCAAUCAGCCACCUCGCGCCCACUUCUUCCCCUCUCAGUCAGACGCUUCUCCCGACCUCCUGCUUCCACGAAAAGCUCCCGCUGUCCGAUACCUCCUCGUCGCGCGCUGAGCUGACUGGAGCUGUAAUACCGCAACUCUUCUUUCGGCACCACGGACAAAAUACCUACCCUACCACCUACAUACACACCUCUCAGGGCCCGCACCACAUUCCACGCUCCACACCCACACCCGUCUACACCUCCCGCGGCAACGGCAGCACCAACAAGGCGUCACGGUCUCUACCCGUCGCCACCUAUUUGGUCGACUUUCCUCCCAGGUCUUCCCAGAAUCCGUCCCAGCAGCAGCAAGUCAGGUCUCCCCCAGCUCAAUACUCGACCACGUAUCCACACUGGGUACCCGUACCUUUCUACCGUACUGCCCACCGUACGGAGCAGACGCACACAUCGGCAAAGGAGACAAGAGCGCUCGAGCCCUCAGCCUCUGAAAAUCCCGAAUUUCAUCCCACCUUGGUCCUCCAACUGCCAAGAAUACUCCCGGAACCUGUUAAAGUUCCUCGCUGUCCGACCAUCUAUCCCAGCGCCCUCUCGCCCGUUAUCCUUCCUCUCUCUCUCCCUUCCCUCACAUCAUUCACACGUACGGUACGGAUACCCUACGAGUCUACCAUCCUUUCCCACACACCAAUCCUUGUGCCCACGCCCACCCGUCCACGGCCACACUCACGCUCGCCCUUCUCAUCUGGGAUCUGCGCGCACGCCGAUUUAGUUAUUCUCGUACCCCCAAGGACCCUGAAUCAUCGCACUACCGCGCCUCAUAUUGAGGCAACGCCCGGUCAUCCUAUAAUCUCCCUCAUCUGCCCCGGCAACUACCACUACUACACACAUCAACUGUUUUCCUCGAGAUCACUUGUCUUUCGAGACGAUCUUCAGCUGCACGUCCUCUUGAGGGCACCCCCUCUCAUCAACCUAUCCAUACAACAAAACAACACCAACUACCACCACUACUCGGAGGAGCUUCUCGCAAGCAAUCUCGCCAUUACUACUACAGCUGUUACUACUACCAACAGCUCUUACGAAGUCGAUCUUCGACCGGUUGCGCCUGCUAGAAGCAUCGUUGAACGACUUGGCCUGGAAUUAUCAACCAUUCGCCACACCUCGAGCCGAGAGCCCGAAAUCACCCCCUGCACCCAACCUCGACCAACAUCACACCUCUCCACCAUGACGCACCGAACAACACAACACGACGCUGCGACGUCAAACGUCCUGGCCUGGUCAACACAUUGCGCAAAUAUGCCCUCCAUGGUAGAAGACGAGUCCGCCGACGUCGAUGAGCCACCGGAAACGCAACUCCCCAUUUCUCCCAUCACCAGCACGUUCAAGCGGAACCCUAUCAGACGCACUACCCUCGACCACAACGCCUCUCUCUUGACCAAGGCGCUCCACAGCCCUUCCGAAGAUGAGGACCCCGAGGCCCGCCCGGGUAUGUCCUUCUUUGCUCGUCGUCGCUCCAUGGCCAGCAACAUCAGCUUGGCCUCCACUGCCGACUUGACGAGCGAUACUGGCUUGACCAGCCCGUCCCGCGCCAACACUCCUAGCCCGCCUCUUCCCGAGAUGCGUCUUCUGAACAUCCACGACGAGCCUGCCAAGGAGGCGCCAAAGAAGCGUUGCAUCCAGUUCGCCUGCGCGGCGAAGCCCAGCAAGCCCAUUGAGCCUAUCCGCAGCCAGCCCAUGGUCAAGGCACCUUCUGCCCAGGAGCCUCAGCGAAGAUCUUGCAUCAAGUUCGCCUGCCCCGUCCCUCAGCGUCCUGCUUCCACGCAAAACACGCCUCCCCAGCGAUUGGAGAUGGCAGCCGCCAGACUUCAAGCACCUGCGCCGGCGACAGCUCGCAAGACCCGUUCGAGGUCUCCCAGACCCACCCUCGCGCCUCCCCAGGUUGACGUCUCUGUCAAGUCUCCUACCACCAAGAAGUACAUCACCGCCAACCCCUCCGACUUGAACAAUGAGUCGUCUCAAUUCCACGAGUUUGCCAGCGAUAUUCCCCGCGAGGACGACUGGAUCCGUCAGGCCUUUUCAUCCCAGGGACGUCGCAUUACCAUUGACGACACUCUGAAGAAGGAGAACGCCAUUCGUAAGCUUGCUACUGAGGCGGAAGAGGAGGCCGAGCAGGAGGAGGAGGACUUGGCUACCGCCAUUGACGAUGAUGAGGACCUAGACAACCUUGAAGACGCCGACGACGAUGAUGACUGCGAGGACGAGGAGGAGGAGGAUGAAGAUGAUGAGGACGAAGAUGAGGACGACGCUUCUGAUGAGGAUGACAAUUCCGAUGGCUACAAGACGGACGAGGAAACCGGAUUCGCCGAUUCCGAGGAGGAAGAGGAAGACGAUGAUCUCCGCUUGUGGACUCCCGGGCGCUCAACCAUUCAGAACAUCGACAGCACUCCCAUUGCCCGCAGACCCUCCCUGCCUGAGCAGCUUUCAGAUUCGUCCAUUGCUUCUCACAGCAGCCUCCGCGCCCGACGUGGCCGGGCUCAGCGCAUCAAGAUCCGCCCUGGCACACCUGAGCUUCCCGACAGCACUGACUUCGUCUGCGGUACUCUCGAUGAGGACCGUCCCAUGGAAGAUGCUUACAUGUCUUGCUUGGCCGCUCGCAGACGCGAGAAGCUGCAGUUGAUUCCCCAGGACAUCGACCCCAGCUUUCCUGCUUCGGACCCAGAGGACGAGGGUGAGGAAGAAAUCUACAACCCCGUCCACCACAGCAGUGAUGACGAGAUGUUCUUCCACGGCAAGAUGGAGGAUCUGCACCACAAGAACGACCGAAGCCGUCGCCAGAAGAAGGCGGAGCACACUCCUCCCAAGCGCUUCCACUCUCCCCCGCCCGUCAAGCGUCGUGCCUCUCCUGCUCCCAAGAACCGUGGCCGCUCCCCUCGCCGCCUCUUUGACGGUCCUUCCCCCCGUCGCCUGAGAUCCCCGGCUCCUCAGAUGCUGAAGUCUCCUCCCGCCUCUCCUCGCAAUGGACACGGCGCUAUUACUUUCAAGACCUUGGCAUCUCGCCCUGGUCUCACCGUUACCAAGUCUCUUCCUCGUCCUCCUUCCAUGUUCCCCCACAUGGCCAAGGGACGUCGCUCCAAGGCUCCUGCCAACGAUCUGCAUAUCCGCGGCGCCAUCGACAUCGUUAAGGGCUUGGAGCGCAAGCGACAGCGUCGUAAGGAAAAGUUUUACCAAAAGUACUGCAACCGCGCUCGUAAGGGACAAGUCCCCGAGCGCAAGCCUCAGCGCGGCCUCGGCUGUGAGCGCAUGAGGGAAUUGGGCUUGCUCAUGGCCGGCAAGAUCGACCAGGGCAACUACGUCCUCUCUGUUUAG